AUGCCGUCCCUCCCAGUCCUCGUGGACACCACUCCCGAUCUUGACUUUUCCGACUUUUCCCCCGCGCAAAAUGUGAAUCAAAAGCGCAGCCUCCUCCUAGCGCCCCCCUCUAUCGCUGCACACGAAGACAAACUACGAGAUGUCUUUGCUACAUUUGACCGUUCGGUCACCGACUUGCAGAUGCUCGAUCGCCUUUCUGCCGGGUUUGUUGCAUUGCCGCCCUCCACAUACGACCUCGUGCUCGUCCUCACAGACGCCAACGGUGCGCGACGCAACGAGGCCCUCGAACUGCUAAACCGUGGUGUAUACAACAUACUGAUGCCAUCUAUGAAGCAUGGAGCAAAGUUGGAGCUCCAGGAUGGUCCCUUUGGAGGAAACGACGGCCGGGAAGCGAUAUUAGCAGGUUUGGUCGAGAAAGAUGGCGCUUUUGAGAAACCAGAAUACCAAGAGGUUGUCGUUCCACUUCGCUUUGGCGCCAAUAAGAAGAAGAAUAAGGCCGCGCCGGAGCCGGUUAAGCCACAAAAUGUUGGGUUUGUCGACUACAAAGACGACGAUGAGCUGAUUGACGAAGACGGCUUAUUGUCCGAGGACGAUCUGAGCAGACCAGUCCAGCUUCCCGCGGAAUGCCAACCAGAAACCGCAAAGAAGCGGCGGCGUGCCUGCAAGGAUUGCACCUGUGGCCUCGCAGCUCAACUAGAAGCAGAAGAUGCGGCGCGCCGUGAACAAGCGAACAAGGACCUAAGUGUACUGAAACUGAAUACUGACGAGCUGAACGACGAGGUGGACUUUACUGUGCAAGGGAAGACCGGCUCAUGCAACAGCUGUUCUCUGGGAGAUGCCUUCCGUUGCGCAACUUGCCCAUUCAUUGGAUUGCCUGCGUUCAAGCCUGGCGAAGAAGUUAAAAUCAUGAACGACAUGGCGCAGCUUUGA